UACUUGUGAAAUGUCAGGGAGGAAUGGCGCUCGGCGCGGUAUUUUGAACAAUCGCCUUUUUCCUUUUCCUCGUUUUAUCUGGAUUCGUUGCCCAGCGUGAAAAAAACCUGCGGGGCUGAGACUUUGCAAGCAUGGACGUGGUGUCGCCAGAGCUCACCAGCCUCCUUCCUGAUGAGAUCAUGGACACUGAGGCCAUAGAGGACAUCCCUCAAUCCCAACCAGACGGCAGCGCGGUCCAGUCGCAGCCCAGCGACGACGCACCGGUUCCGAUGGAAACGGAUACGCCCGUGGCUUCAGAACAUUUGAGCCUCUGUUCAAAUGCCACUUCGGCGGAACACGCCAAGGCUCUCGCCGCCGUCACGGCACUCGGCAUCGGCUCCGGAAGUCCGCUUCCCAUCUCAAUUUCCAGCACUUUGCCAUCCCUUCUCACCCUCAAACCAGCCAUGGCUGCUUCCAUAGCCACGACCAAAACGACGGAUAGUUUGACCGGGACUAGUUUCUCUACGGGUGGGCUGCAGAGGCUCACGGCUCCGUUUACUAUCUCUGCCGCGAACCACCAGAUCAUACUCAACAAGGUGGCCUCAUCUCAAGCCACAGAAGCGGCAAAGUCCGCAGGUAUCUCGCCCCAGAUCAUCAAGCAGGAGGGACAAAAACUUUUGGUUACAACCAUAGGAAAGUCGGGGCAACCGAUCGUGUUGCAGUUGCCGCACACGGGCGGCAAGCCGGGCCUUUCACAGACUUUCGGAGACAACAAAUCUCAAGCGCCGCAGUUUAAAGUGGUGACGAUCGGCGGGAGGUCGGAGCUGAAGCCGGUGGUGGGGGGUGCUGGGAACCAGUUGACAACAUUACAGGCCCAGCAGCUGAAGACCGUACAGAUUGCUACGAAAACACCGGUAUCCUCAGCCGCACCAAUCAAGUUCAUCAUCACAAAAACUGUUAACAGCAAAGGUCUAUGUCCUCAGACGUCGGUGUCUCCUGUCAUUGCGGGUCGGGUCCUGACACAGACUUCCGCGGGGCUUCCCUCGAGGACCAUCACUCUGUCUGAGCCCCACAACUCUAACAUGCAAAGUAUCUCCGGCAAAAAGAUCGCCAUUUCACCCCUUAAGACUCCCAGUAAGGUGACGGUGGUAUCCGUGGCUUCCCCGACCUCCAACGCCUCUCACAAGUCGCUGACGCUGCCGGUCAACGUAGCGCUUGGCCAGCAGAUCCUCACAGUCCAGCAGUCCACAUCUGCAUCUCCAGUCAAGCUGGCCACCGGCCACCCCACGACGCAGAACAUUAAACCGAUGCAGUCUGUGACCAUGGGGGGAGUCGGCGGCUCCCAGUUCAAGACCAUCAUCCCGCUGGCCAGCCAGCCCAACGUGCAGCAGAUUCAGGUCCCGGGCAGCAGGUUCCACUACGUCCGCCUCGUCACGGCAACAACGGCGAGCAGCUCGGGGCACCUCAGCGGUCCCAGCACCAGCUCCAUACAGACAGCGAAACCCAUGGUGGUCAGCACCGGAGCGGUCAGGAUGUCCGUGCCCAUCGUCCCAGCACAGACCAUCAAACAGAUGGCGCCGAAGCCCUUGACGUCGGCCACGGUGGUAACCACCACUCCGACGCAGCAACGCCUCAUCAUGCCCGCCACGCCGCUGCCGCAGAUCCAGCCCAACUUCACCAACCUCCCACCUGGCACCGUUCUGGCUCCGGCUCCAGGAGGAGGCAACGUGGGCUACGCGGUCGUGCCGGCUCAAUACGUCACACAGCUCCAGCAGACGCCGUUCGUGACCCUCGCCAGCAGCUCUGGCUUCCCCGCGUCCGCUGGCAUCCAGACUCAGGCCAGACUGCCACUCAAUGGAUUGUCAACAUCAGAAACAACCUCAAGACCGAGGAAACCGUGCAACUGCACCAAGUCCCAGUGUCUCAAACUAUACUGCGACUGCUUUGCAAACGGAGAGUUCUGCAAUAACUGCAACUGCAAUAACUGCUUCAAUAACCUGGAACACGAAACGGAGCGUCUCAAAGCUAUCAAGACGUGUCUGGACCGAAACCCAGAGGCCUUCAAACCCAAAAUCGGUAAAGGCAAAGAGGGAGAGUCGGACCGCCGACACAGCAAAGGCUGCAACUGCAAACGGUCGGGCUGCCUGAAGAACUACUGCGAGUGUUACGAGGCGAAGAUCAUGUGCUCGUCCAUCUGCAAGUGCAUCGGCUGCAAGAACUUUGAGGAGAGCCCGGAGAGGAAGACACUGAUGCACUUGGCCGACGCGGCGGAGGUGAGGGUGCUGCAGCAGACCGCCGCCAAGACCAAGCUGUCGUCGCAGAUCUCGGACCUGCUCAUGAGGACGACGCCGGUUAUUUCCAGCGGAGGCGGGAGGUUGCCGUACACGUUCGUGACCAAGGAGGUGCUGGAGGCGACGUGCGAGUGCCUGAUGGAGCAGGCCAAAAAGGCCGAACAGGCCCACCAGCCUCAGGUGGAGGCGGAGAGGAUGAUCCUGGAGGAGUUCGGACACUGCCUCAUGAGGAUAAUCAGCUCCGCGGGGAAAGCCAAAGCCGACUGCGCCUCCAUCAACUGCUAGGUCGGACACUCUGGCAAUCUCCACCCUCUGACUUAACCCCCCCCCCCCCCCCCUCCCUGCUGCGUAGGGGGGCGGGGGCCGGGGAGGCAACGGAUCGCUCUCCGGUCUCGGACCCAUGGGGGUCUCUGUCCUGCGGGGGGGAAACGGGGGGGUGGGUCGUCAACUCAUCAAAAGGUGGAACAAUGGCCUGAAAGUAGGGUUCACCCCUUGCCUUGGACACGCUGAGGCCAGCUGGGAUAACGAACACGGACAAACGGACAGAGCUCACCGCCUCUGACGGACCCUCAAUCACCUGGCUGUGAUGGACAGAAACGAGACGGGACAAGGUAGCGCCGAACAAGGAUUCCUUCGCUUUAUUUCCACCACCCCCCCACAGGGCUCUUAUCAAAAUCUGUUUGUGUUCUUUUGUUUUGUUCUUUCCCCCUUUUUACACAUCUGUGAUUUCUAUGUCAUCGUUUGUGCUUACAGUAGACGAACAGUAUCUUUUGAUAUUUAUUUUGACACGUAUAAAUGUGUGGCUUAUAGUGCUGCGAACUGUUAAUUAUUAACCGAGGCUAGGCGACGUUUGUGUCAAUGAAAAGGAGUAGACACACACACACACACACACACACAGCACUGCUCACAAUAGCUUGAAGAUGGCUGGGUCGGUGGCGGUACGCGUUUUCUUCUGGUGCUGCUUUUAGUCACGUGCUAAUUGUACGUUUUUUUUUUAAACUCAAUGAAUGGGGGAAAAAAACAACAACGAUGACCUACAUGACGAUGUUCCUACCGGGAGGUGAGCAGGUUAAUGUGUCACGGAGCGGAUUACGGUGCCCUGAUCCCCCCCCCCCCCCCUCCCCCGGGGGGGCCACGAAUGAAGAGCAAACGAGGGAGAUGACUUCCGUUUUUUGACGUUUCACAGCCGGAAAAAAAGCACAGCGGACAUUUAAUAACGCUUUCUUUUGCAUGUUCGAGGGUCUCUGUAUUGUGUUUGGCGCCGCUAUACAACAACCGAACUUGGAGCAGCUCACUUUUCUGAUUUUGGGGAUGCAAUUAUGUCGACAACGGGGCGCAACGCCACGAAUGUCUUCCAGGUGAGAGAAUCCGCCGCUGUAAUUCUCCCACAUUUUUAAAAACAUGUUUUGCGUCUGCGGCGUUUCACUCGGUGUGGCCAUUCACAAUAAAUAUAUAUUUAUAUAUUUAAAAAAUAAACACUUGAUUUCUGACGUUGUCAUCGGAGAAAUCGUACAGCAAAAGAAUCUUAAUGGGGAAAUGUUUUUAAAAAAUAAAUUUAAAAAAGCCCCAGACACUUAUUUUCUCAAUUAGCCUUCUUGAAAUAAAUGAAAUGGGGAAAUUUGGAAUAAAAACAAUCUUGAGCUUUUUUUGCAUAUUAAGUAGUGAUGGAUGAGCAAUGAAUUGUUCGGGCAUUUUUCAUGCAAAAGUUAAAAGUUGCUGGUCGUAUCUGAUCGCAUCUUUGGGAAAAACAAGCUUGACGAUUGCAUCAUCCUAUUAUUAUUAUUAUUAUUAUUAUUAUUAUUUGUAUCUGUGCUUUUCCUUCUGUGACGCGUCAUAAUAUCUGCUUGCUCAAGCAUCUGGUUGGGAACCAGUGUGACUCCCUAAAAAUGUCAAAAAAAGUAUGCAAAAACAAUACAGAGAGAGAGAGGUGCAUUCUGGGUAGGACAAAAAUGAUUUGUCUUUCUUUCUGCAAAUGUGACAUGAAGGUUUGGUUUUGCUCCGUUUGUGCCUGAGGCGAACGAUUUUUAAUUCUAAUUAAAUUUGACUGGAAUAUGUAAAAUAAUGAUAACAUAAAAGGCACAAUUACCCCGUGUUGUUUGUAAGUAUGUAAUGUUCACCCACCUAGUUGAUUUUCGUUUACACUAAUUAAUUUAUAUUGACAGCUAGUUCUUCAAUUGAUGUAAACCAACCAUGCCUCCUCUGCAGCGAGACGUCUACCAGCCACACGAGUGAACGGCUUCACUCGCCCUCCUGACUUUGGAACAGUAAUUAAACUAUAUCCUUGUUUUAAGAUGA